CAGGCUAAAGAGAGCCUAGGGGCAACAGGGCAGCCUAGGGGGCAAAAGGACUGCCUCGGGGCAACAGGGCAGCCCUGUUAGGCAUGGCUCUGUUUCUGGAUGGCUCCCAGGCCAUGGGGGCCGCGGGGGCCUAUUACUGCUUGAUCCGGAGGAGGUUCAAGAGGAGACGCAAGAAACGCUCCGAGCGCAAAGGUCGAGCUGGUGUGAAGCAGCCCCGUAACCAGCCAAGGUUCUUCACCAUGGAGGGAGAUGAAGAAGAGCGCAUGAGUUCCAGCAGCACCGACGUUAAGGAAAACCGCAACCUGGACAACGUGGGCUCCUCCACCAAGGAGGGGUUGGGGGGUGAGGGGGCAGCUCACCUCCCUAAUGGGGGCAGUGCAGGGUGUGGAGGGGGCAGAAAGCGUCCCUUAGAAGAGGGUAAUAACGGGCAUCACAAUAACAAGUACAGGCCCAAGAAGCGUAAGAAAAUGCCCGGGCCCAUUCUGCCCAAAAAUGCCCUGAUGCAGCUGAAUGAGAUCAAGCCUGGACUGCAGUACAAGCUGCUGUCUCAGACCGGUCCGGUCCACGCGCCCGUGUUCGUCAUGACUGUCGAGGUCAAUGGGCAGCUGUUCGAGGGCUCCGGCCCCACCAAGAAGAAGGCUAAGCUCAACUCCGCUGAGAAGGCUCUGCGGUCGUUUGUUCAGUUCCCCAACGCCUCCGAGGCGCACAUGGCAAUGGGUCGGACGCUAACGGUCAACACAGACUUUACCUCCGACCAGGCUGACUUCCCAGACAUGUUGUUUAAUGGGUUUGAGACCCCGGCCCCUCCGGAGGAGUCCUUCUACCUGGGUUCUAACGGUACCAAUGGCUCCUUCAGCUCCCUGGGACUAGUAGCAUACCCCCUGCUAGGGAACUCAGGUGCUACCGCCCUGAGUCAGUCCUCGUUAGGCCUACCACCCACCUCCUCCGUCCCGGCCUUCGUCUCCCCCGCUAUUGCCAAGAACCCUGUCAUGAUCCUCAACGAACUACGACCCGGGCUGAAGUACGACUUUGUGUCAGAGAGUGGAGAGAGCCACGCCAAGAACUUUGCCAUGUCCGUGGUGGUGGACACGCAGACGUUCCAAGGCUCAGGGCGCAAUAAGAAGCUGGCCAAGGCCCGGGCUGCGCAGGCUGCUCUGUCUGCCCUCUUUAACAUGCAACUGGACCAGACACCGUCCAGACAGCCCAUACCCAGAGAGGGCCUGCAACUGCACCUGCCACAGGUUCUAGCUGAUGCUGUGUCCGGUCUGGUAGUUGACAAGUUCAGUGAGCUGACGGAUAACUUCACAUCCCCUCACGCACGACGGAAAGUCCUAGCAGGCGUUGUCAUGACAACGGGCACCGAUGUCAAGGAGGCACAAGUGAUCUGUGUUACCACGGGGACCAAGUGUAUAAACGGCGAGUACAUGAGUGACCGCGGCCUGGCUUUGAACGACUGCCAUGCUGAAAUCAUUGCUCGUCGUUCCCUCCUUAGGUACCUGUACGCACAGCUGGAACACUUCCUCAGUAACAACAGAGAGGAGCAGCAGAAGUCGAUGUUCACGAGGUGCGAGAACAAGCGGGGCUUCCGUCUGAAGGACAACGUGCAGUUCCACCUGUACAUCAGCACGUCGCCCUGCGGAGACGCACGCAUCUUCUCACCCCACGAGGCUGCCUUCGAGGAUCAGGGAGACAGGCACCCUAACAGGAAGGCUCGUGGUCAGCUGAGGACCAAGAUAGAGUCUGGGGAGGGGACCAUCCCUGUGAAAGUCAGUAACACUAUCCAGACCUGGGAUGGGGUACUGCAGGGAGAGCGGCUGCUCACCAUGUCCUGCAGUGACAAGAUCGCCAGGUGGAACGUAGUAGGGAUCCAGGGCUCUCUGAUGUGUUACUUCACAGAGCCCAUCUACUUCUCCAGCAUUAUCCUGGGAAGCUUGUACCACGCAGACCACCUCUCCAGAGCCAUGUACCAGAGGAUCGCUGACAUUGAGGACCUGCCUCAGACGUUCAACCUCAACCGGCCACUUCUGAGCGGAAUAAGCAACGCAGAAGCACGGCAACCGGGUAAAGCUCCUAACUUCAGUGUGAACUGGGCUGUGGGAGACCAGGGGUUAGAGGUUAUCAACGCCAUGACAGGCAAGGACGACUUGGGACGGCCCUCGAGGCUCUGCAAGCACGCCCUCUACAGCCGCUGGGUGCGCCUAUACUGCAAGCUUUCACAGACUCUGAGAAUCAAAGGUGCCAAACCCAGCUUGUACCAUGACGCCAAACAGGCAGCGAUGGAGUACCAUGCUGCCAAGCAGACUCUGACCAAGGAAUUCCACAAGGCAGGACUGGGAGCCUGGGUCAAGAAACCUAUCGAACAGGACCAGUUCUCACUCCAGUCCUGAGUGGAUUUAAAAAAAAUAGAAAUAGAAUGACUAUGUUGUUCUAAAAUGUGUAUGGUUGUUGUCACGGGAGGAAGAGGGAGGCUCAGACGAAGAUACUUCUCCUACCAGCUGUUUAGACUUGAUUUGUUCUGUGUUUUGGAUGAUGCUCACCCAACUCUUGCGCCCUCUCCUGAUCACUCCACUUUUGACCCGUGAGACAUUGAAUUUGGUUGAAUUUUGGUGGAUUUGUUUCUCUCAACGACUCACUGUAAAGGCUUGUUUUCCGCGUCAACCAAAUGACUGUUGUUGAUGUUUUGUUAGCUUAGUGAUGUUUAUUCCACAACACUAGUAACCUAACACGUGACAUAUGACAGCUGUACAACUGGAAACCUGGGAUUUUUUAAACCGAUUUUGUUGAUACAUUUUAUAAAUCAGUACAUGCAAAAAUCAACUGAAAUCAGUUGGCCAUCUACAGACAAACCUUGUCUACACUCACUGUAUGUUUAUGCCAAAUAUAUAGAAGGCUUUCAAGCUCACCUCCCAGUAGCGGUCAUAACAAUGACUAUGUUGCUGUCUUUUCCCUAAGUAUUAGUGUUGUGCCCGUUCCCUCUUGUCUUGAAGGCGGAUGUCCUCUCUUACACUUUUCAUGCGCCAUCUUCUCUUUGUUUCUGCUGUGAGAUAUAAAGCAUUGCACUGUCUGAGGACGAUAUGUUUGUUUGUUCUUGAAUAGUGAUAGGUACGUGUGUUUUUUGAUUUUCUGAACAUUUGUUUGAGAAUGCUUUCUAUACUGAUAAUGACGUGUUUUUAUCUAAGUCUAUCUGAAGUUGGCCUAAUUAACUUCUGAAAAAAAGAUUUGAUUCAUGUUUCCCUUUACAGUGAAUGACAUAAAUUAUACAAAGGUACAAUUUGGCCUUUUGAAAUGUACAUUUCUAUGGAAAGAUAUUCUUGCAGGAUGGCUCACACUCUUGUGGUUGCCAGACAGAUACAGUGGACUUUAUGUACUGCUUUUUUAUUUGAACACACAGACAACAUUUUUGCUAUCAUCAUGUGCCAUUUGUUGAGAGCUUGAUAAUAAAAAAAACGAGCGAAAUGAUUUGAGCUUAUAUUUA